AUGCCAGAUGCCAGCAUGAUGGUCAGGUUUCUGCAAAUCCAUGACAACGCAGACAAGAACAAGAUCGAAAAUCCGCCUCCAGAUGCCUUCGUGACGAUCUACUUCGACACGAAGCAAGACCGAGAGAUCGCCUUGCAGGAGAUGCGGGAUGCUGCUGCCAUCGGCGGCACGUGGACAGGUCCGCCAUGUCAGAACCGGGAACUAACACUCCUAGACCAUGCAUCCUUGGCUGUCGCUGUCCGCGUGGGGAGUUCGAAGCUCAGAGCCUUCCGGGUGGCAGAGGGUCCGAAUUUCUACCGCUGA